UAUUGUUUGAUAUGUCGCAGUUUCGCAAAGUAUUCUUGCGGCAAAUCGAAGUGUAAAAUUUCACUUAAGAGAGAUUUGUCUCCUGAGUUCAGAUUGAAAGCUCCGGAAGAAGGUGUGAAACUAGUGUAUUUAAAAUUCAGGAUCUUCAAUGAAAGUUACAAGCCACUCGCGACGAAUAACAGAAUUUUACCGUACAGAUGGGUUUGGGCCCGAAGCGAAAACGAAUCGAUGUUAGGUGUCGCCUACGACUAUGACGUUUUGUCUCUGGGUCUGUUGAAAAAUCAAGCAAGGACAAUGAUGUUGUCUUUAGACGAGACACAAGAUGGAUGUCUUCAAGAUUUGAAUUCUUCAUGUCAGGCCAUUGCCAUCGCAGAAGCGCUGACAGGCUUAUCAGCGACAAAAAAUUCGACUGAUACAAAACUAACGAAUGAGCUAAACCCUGGUGUGGUUUGUUUCCGAGUCUUGAAGGAAUUCUCUUUCGGCUUUGCAUACGGAUUUAAAUACAAAUGCUGCAAGAAGGUUGAAGAAGGUCAAAGACCCCAAGUUUACUGUGGCUUUGACGUAAAUGUGAGCAUAUGGAUGUCGGUUUUUAACGCUGUCUUGAAUUUAGUUGUGACAAUUGUCUUCUUCUUCUGGCCUUACCUCUUCUGUGUGGUUCCAGAUUUCUUCUCGGACGGACUAGAAAAUGGAAAAGAAGAGGAGACGUUUUUGGGAACAUCAGAUGAAAUUCCAGUAGAUGAUUCAAGUCCAAUAACCUGCACAGAGAUUGUGCGAAGAGGCCUGAAAAAUUUUCCAUCUGUAAACCAUGGAUUCAGUGUAAAAUUGAUUCUCUUUUGGUAUUGUAUAAUUCCAACAUUUUUCUAUAUUAAGCUUUUGUUAUAUUUUAUUAUCAAGGAUAAAUUCGACGGGGCUUCCAAGAGGCUUCUGUUUCAAGUGGCUGAUGUUUAUCUUUACAUCUUUAGCAUGGAUAAACCUGCUGUUUAUGUUCUGUUUAUUGUGCCGUUAUUUUUGAUACCCACUCUGGUAAUUUCCUUUUGGAGACGUGAAGAAGGCGAGGUUUUGCAGUUAGGUAACUGCUGCAUUUGCGGGCGGGACCAGUUCAGUCUUAAAAAGCAUAUAGUAGAGCAUGUAAAAAUUAUGCCAAAUAGUGUAAUCAAAGUAAUGAAAACUGUUUUGAAAAAGGUCUUCCUUCGACAGUUCGGCUCAAAGUUGCCGCCCUGCUCUGAAUGCAACGAUUUUCAGCAGUCACUAUGCGGGCACGCAAUUUGUAUAAUAUACACAGUUGCAUUCAUGGUUAUUUACGGUCCAAUUGCCGUAACAAUCUCAGUUUUAGUUGGCUUAGUUGUGUUGCUUGUGACAACUAUUGUUUAUUCUCCUCUCGCAGCCGGAUUACUUUACGUGACGAAAACAAUGACGUCACAAAUGAAAUUCAUUUAUAAACGCGGUAAAAUUGGCGAGUGGCUGUCCAAUUUUCUAUUCCUUAUUAUUAUAUUUCCGUUUUUCGUCAGCAUUUCAGUCAUUUCUAUCUUCUCUUGUCAGUUUAUUGUUCGAACGUUUGGCUUCGUUGUCAUGGGGAUUACCUUGAACGCCGAAUCGGUUGUUCCCUACGUAACUUUCGCCUUCGUGGUCGGGAGAAACGUAUACCUUUGUUUCAACAAUUUACAAAAUACGUACAAGGAAGUCAAAAUUAUGAUUUGGGAAGAAUGGAAAGAGCAGAAAAAGCCCAGAAGAGAAAACACCAUACCGACAAAAUUAUUUUGGUGCGUCUGCAAUGACUCGAUCGCAAAUGAAAUUUGCGCCAUGUUGUGUAAAAUGGUUGCGAUACUCAUAUUUUUGUCUAUUGCUUUAGCAGCAAUCUUUCUGUUCAAAGUUGAGUAUAAUUCGUCGACGAUAGUCUCUAGUGUAGCUGUAUUUGUGAGCGGAAAAAUAUCAGAAACGUUUUUUAGCAGGGUUACAACAGGCGACAGUAUAACUGGCUGGGAGAGAGUUAGGAAAAAGGAAAUUAUCCAACGCGCUGUGCGAGAAUUCGACGGUGAACGG